CCAAAUACUGGAAAGCUUUCAACCGUGUGUGAUAAACUAGGCCCCAACAAGUGCAUCUCGCGAUUGUCAAAAAAGUUGCAGAGUGCAUUUGUUUUCAUUUGCAAUUGCUUGAUACACCGCUACACAAAUCAGUUUGCGAUUUUUAAAACGCUCUUCACAAAAAUUCGCCAUGGAUACGUCGUCAGCUUCGAACAAUACCAAAGAGGCGUUAAAGGAGGAUUCCGAGAUCAGCGUUUCCGAAGACAUGGAGGAAGAGCGAAAAAACUUUUUCAAAAUCAUUGCGGCCUUCAAGUACUACAGGCACAGCUCAAUCGCUGAACUCAAGCGAAAGGAAACCUUUCUGCAGACAUUGCCACCGGCACACCAGAAGAUGCUGUCCAACUAUCAGGAACACCUGCAAAACUUGAAGCGCUGCAUCGACGUGAAUGCGCAGGUUAUAAAGCAAAUCAUUCAGGACGCAAACUGUCUCUUUCAAAAUGCGGACCACAAUAUCGAACCGGAUCUGCAACCGUCAGACGGUUUGAAGCUACGUUAUCAGGACUUUCAAAAGGUACAAAUAACCAUGAAACAGAUAUUUCGUGACUGGAGCGAACAGGGCAAGCUUGAACGGGACCAAUGCUACACUCCCAUCAUUGACGAGAUUACGAAAUUUUUCGAUCCCGCCAAAUAUGACCUCUCAAAGGUGAAAAUACUGGUGCCUGGCGCUGGUCUAGGUCGCUUGAUUUAUGAGCUUGCCUGCCAGGGGUUCUACUGUGAAGGAAAUGAAUUUUCUCUCUUCAUGUUGAUUGCAUCUAAUUUUGUACUGAACAGAUGUGUUAUUGCAAAUCAAUGUACUAUCUAUCCCUGGGUGCACCAGUUUGUGAACAAUCUGUCUCAACACAACCAGCUCGUUCCGGUAAUGUUUCCCGAUGUAAGCCCCAGAAAAUUCCCCCCAAAGGGAACGAUGAACAUGGUAGCGGGAGACUUUCUGCAAGUAUAUCGCGAUGAAGAUUACUGGGAGUGUAUAGCAACUUGCUUUUUCAUUGACUGUGCUAACAAUAUCAUCGAAUUUGUUGAGGUGAUCAAGAAGAUCUUGAAACCGGGAGGUAUUUGGGUUAAUCUGGGCCCACUGCUGUACCACUUUUCGGAUGUGCCUGGUGAAGGUAGCAUCGAACCGACGUAUGAAGAUCUGCUUGAAAUCAUUCGCUCUCUGGGUUUCAUCAUUCUCAAAAGUGAAACGAAUGUUGUAACGACAUACUCUCAAAAUCCUAGCUCGAUGCACCAAAGCCAUUACAACAGUAUAUACUUGGUUUGCCAGAAGCCCUACAAUUGACCUCAUGCCAUCGCUCUUCUCGUUGCGCAAAUCGUUUUGAUUUGCGUAACCAGACGCUUGUACAUGAUAUGUAGACAAAUAUAUACCGAUUUAUUUUCACCGCUAAAAUUAAGUGAGAUUAAGAAAAGAAAUUUGAAAAAUCCAUGGUUAUUUAUACAUCAAUCCGAAGUUUUGUACCCAGAAGGCAUGUCCACACAUUAAUCCUCUGAAUAUAUUAGAGGCGUUAUAUCAUUACAAUUUGUUGAUGUGAUAUAAAACAGCCAAUAAACUAAUUUUGAAGCACUUUC